AUGGCAAGUAGUUUGAACAAAACUCAUCCUUGCUUUGAGAUUUGUCAUCAACGUCCAACAGCGAAGUAUCAAGUAUUUAUAUUUCCUGGAGCUGGUAGUCCAGGUUCAAAUUAUCGUGAAUGGGGUAUGAAUUUUCCUGAAUAUGAAUUUUUCUUAAUAAUUUAUCCAGGAAGAUUACAUCGAAUGAAUGAAAAACUGUUAACUAGAAUAAAAGAAUAUAUUAUUGAAUUAAAUAAAGGACUUUUACCCUAUAUAAAUAAACCAUGUAUUUUUAUUGGACAUAGUAUCGGAAGUGUAAUUAGUUUUUCAUUAGCUCGAGAGAUGAUUGAAACAGAAAAUAAAGGAUAUUUAAUUAAAUUAUUAGUUGAAAUGGGAAGAGGACCACCUCAUUUACAAGAUCCUGAUAAAUCUUUUGUUCAUAUGACUGAUGCAGAAAUUGUUGAAGAUUUAAAGAAAAUGGCAGAUCCAAAAACACGAGAAAUUUAUGAUUUUCCACCUAUUGUUCAAAUGUUAAUACCUAUAUUAAGAGCUGAUGCACAGGUUGGUGAAGAAAUAUUAGAUUCAACUCCAUUAAAUAUUCCAAUUAUUGUUUAUGGUGGAGAACAUGAAGAAAAUGUUAAAGAAUCAUUAUUAAAUAGAUGGAAAGAAUUGACAACAAUGAAAGAUAAAUUUCAUGUUCGAAUGUUUCCUGGACAUCAUCAUUUUCAAUUCGAAUGUCAAGAUGAAGUAUUAUUAUGUCUUAAACAAGAUUUCAAUAAUAUUAUUAAUAAAUAA